CCGACCUCGUUUUGGUACUGAGAGUCUGCCAUCGAUCAAUGGCGUGCAUGUCUAGAGAGUAACGGUGAAGGUGUCGGACUAAGUUUUUGUGUUUUUAUUCGGAUUUCUACUUUGAAAAGUGCAUCUAUGUGGCUUGUAAGGAAAUAUAGGACUUAUUGGUCGGAGGGAAAGUGAGUUUUUCCAAUAUGGAAGUUGGAUUAGUGAGAAAAAAGAAGCGAAACGGACUGUACCUUGUCCAAUGUUUGUGGCUUCUCGGGGUAUUUGCUCAUACUGCUAGAGGUAACACACCUCACUUUAGUCAAUUUUCUUUUAAAACUGAACCAUCAAAUGUUGUUGCUAAAGUUGGUCAACCAGCUACGUUAAAUUGUUCUGCAAUAUAUCAUGGAGACUCAACCCUGGAAAUUCAUUGGAGAAAAAAUGGAGUCGCAUUACAGAUUGACGGACAAAGAAGAAAAAAAUUGCCAGAUGGAUCACUGUAUUUCCAAAAAGUUGUUCAGAGUUCAGAUGAAGGCUUUUAUCAAUGUGUUGGUGAAGUUGUUAAUCUGGGUACAAUUGUUAGUCGUACAGCUCACUUACAGAUAGCAUAUUUAGAGCAAACUUUUGAAAAAGAACCUCAGGAUUUAACUCUCUACCUCACAGAUACAGCCAUGUUUGCCUGUCAAAUUGAUGGCAAACCAGAUACUAAAACUGAAUGGUUUAAAAACAAUGAACGUGUGAAUGAAAAAUAUAACAUUCAGAUUUACCCAGAUGGAGUAUUAGAAAUUAGUUCUGUUGAAAUAUCCAAUAUUGGACAGUAUAUGUGUCGUGUUACAAAUAGUGAAGGAUCUAGAGUUAGUGCAUCUGCAACAUUAAAUCAAGAAGACAAAGAUGUAGCUCAGAGACCAUUUGACGAACCUAAAUUUGUAAUGAAACCAACAGAUAAAAGAGCUGUAUUUGGCUCCACGGUGUAUUUACAUUGUGGAGCAAAUGGCCGAGAUUUUAUGUCUCAGCCGCCUGAAAUUACAUGGUUAAAAGAUGGCAGAAGCAUUACUUUUAGGUCUGCGACAGAUCGUGUACGUAAAAUAGGUGUUGGGACAUUAAUGAUAAAAAGCGUCAUAGAAUCAGAUAAGGGUACUUAUACAUGUCGGGCAUCGAAUUCUGAAGAUUCUGUAGAUGCUGGUGCUGAACUUAUUGUUUUAGUGCCUCCUCAGUUUGUUAGUAAACCAAGUAAUGUUUUUGCUCAUACCAACUCAGAUGUCACUCUCAAAUGUGAUAUUUAUGGAGAACCCAAACCAAUGAUAUCCUGGAUGAAAGAUGGUCAACCAAUCAACCCUUCGGAUUAUUUUCAAAUUGUUGAUGAGAAAAAUCUGAAAAUCUUAGGUUUGAUGGAAGAAGACAAUGGAAUUUAUCAAUGUUUUGGUUCUAAUGAGUUAGGCUAUGUUCAAGCUAGUUCCCAGUUGGUCAUAUUGGAACAAGAUGUCCCCCUCCCCACUACACCUCCUCAGUUCCCCCACCGAUUCGAUACAGGGGCGCUGUACAUGGAUGCCAAGAACCAGCUGUCAGCACCAACUCAUCUACGAGCCGUACUAGUGUCUACACGAUUUGUGACCUUAUCUUGGAACCAACCUGAUCGUGUAGGUACAUCAGAGAUAAAAGCCUAUUCGGUGUUCUGGAGAGAGAAGGGAUCCGAAAGAGAAAGAGUCACAAAUACUACCACUACAGAAGCUAAUAUUCAGCAUCUGAAACCUUAUACACAAUAUGAGUUCCGAGUUCGAGCUUAUAAUAAACAUGGUCCAAGUAUAACAGAUGCUAAGAUUAAUGUUAAGACUGAUCAAGAAGCAUUGGUACCAACACCACCAGUAAAUCUUACAGCAGUACCCAUGUCUCCAACAGCUAUCCAUGUUCGCUGGGAUGCUCCUGUAGAUUCUAAGGGAAAAAUCACUAAAUAUGUAUUGAUUUAUUAUGAAGUUGGCUCCAGUGGUGGUGAAGAAGAAGAAAAUAUACAGGGUACUGGAUUUGAAUUGCGCAAUCUUAAGAAAUACACUGAAUACAGCUUCAGGGUUGUUACACAUAAUGAAAAUGGACCUGGUGCCAGUACCAUUGAAAUUGUUGCCAGAACAUUUUCAGACAGACCAAGUGAUGUUCCACAAAAUUUUACAUUGGAAGUUUCUAGUGCCACGCGUAUUAUUGUACGAUGGGAACCACCACCUAAAGAUAAACAGAAUGGCCAGAUUACAGGUUAUAAAAUAAGAUAUAAGAAGAAAGGUGAUAGAAGAGGUGAACCUGUAUUAACUGAUGGAAAUAGAAAUAAUUAUGCUUUAACAGAGUUACAGAAGGGUACUGAAUACCAAGUUCGUAUAUCAGCUUUAACAGUAAAUGGUUCUGGUCCUGCUACUAUGUGGCAGUUUGCUACAACUUAUAGAGAUGAUUUAGAUGAAUCUAAAGUUCCACCUAAACCAGCCAGAUUACAAGCUAAACCCAAAUCUAAUUCUAUUAUUGUAACAUGGGCUCCUCCUCCCCCUAAUUCUAAAGUAUUAGUACGAGGCUACGUAUUGGGUUUUGGUAAAGGUAUACCAGAUAAUGAACAGAUUAUGUUAGAUGCCAAUACACAUGAUUAUACCAUAGAAAAUUUGGAGCCCAUAUCUGAGUAUGUCAUCACUAUCAAAGCUUUUAAUAAAAUUGGACAUGGUCCGAGUAGAUAUGAAACCGUUUUUACCAGUGAGAAAAUUACGUCUGAGCCAGCUACGCCAAUGAUGCCACCAAUAGGAUUAAAAGCUAUCGUUUUGUCUCCUACAACAAUCAUUUUAACAUGGGCAGAUAAUUCUUUGGGUAAAAGCCAGAAAAUUACAGACAGUCGAUAUUAUACUGUACGAUAUACACCUGUACCAAGUCAUAACAGACGCCAUAAAUAUGUGAAUUCUACAGAUUUAAAUGCUCAUAUUGAUAAUUUACGUCCCAACACACAAUACGAAUUUGCUGUAAAAGUUACAAAGAGAAAUCGGCACAGUCCUUUGAGUAUGAGUAUUUUUAAUACAACACAAGAAGCAGCACCCGGCUCAGAUCCUCGUGAUUUAACUCCUGUACCUGAUGAGAAUAACCCACUGGCUGUUACAUUAAACUGGCAGCCACCAGCUAGACCUAAUGGUCUUAUUACAGGUUAUCUAAUAUUUUAUUCAACUGAUCCUAAACAAGAUGAUCGUGAUUGGGUUGUUGAAGGUGUUGUAGGUGAUAAACUAUCUACUGUUAUAAAUGAAUUAACACCAUCCACUACCUAUUAUUUUAAAGUACAGGCUAGAAACAGUAAAGGCUAUGGUCCUAUGUCUGAUAUUGUAAUGCACAAGACACCAAAAGCAAUGAAGACAGAAGAGAGUAUACAGAAAGAAGAAGAAGCUUUACCUGUCAAUAUGAUUAUUAUUAUUAUCGCUUGUGUUGUUGGUGUCACAUUCUGUAUAGUUAUUGCUGUUGUUACUGUUAUUCUUUGUCGUAGAAGAGAAAGACUUGCCAGUGCAAACAGUCGAACAUAUAAAUCCCCAGCUAAGCCUAUUAAAGGUGGUCAACCAAAUAUGAAACCUCCUGAUCUGUGGAUACACCAGCCAAGUGCUUUAGAGAUGAGAAAAAUGGAAAAAUCACAACAGCGAAGUGAAUCUAAUGUUUCUGUUGCUACUAGUACAUUAAGACGUGGUUCUCGUGGCUCAUGUGAUAAAUUAGACGAUUUACCACCAUGUAUUGAUAUGGACAGAAGAAGGAACUCUUUUGUUGGUGAAAGUGGUUAUCCAUCAAGUGGUGAAGAAAGAUACCAACCUAUACAACCACGUAAUAUUAUCCGUCCUAAACCUAUUAUGAUACCUGUUGACGGUAGAGAACCUAUUGCAGUUGCUGUGCCAAAUGGUCACAUGCAUAUGGAUAAUCCUGGAAUACCAAUGAGACCAGUCUACCCACGAACUCAGUACAAUACCCAAUACUCUUCUACACCACGUGUUAAUGCUGGUGAUAUACCAAUGAAAAUGGGUUGCCUUGAUGACGAAUGUGUGCAUUACUCUGAUGUUUUUGAUGAUUCCUACACCAGUAGAAUAGGCUAUGGCCCACAGUCACCCGACUCAUCACCAUCUCAGUAUCAUCAACAAUAUGAUCAACAUCAAUAUGGGGGACACCCUAAUCAGCCUACUAAAGGCAUCAUGGGAAGACCACCUCAUGAUCACCCUCUGAAAAGUUUUUCAAUCCCAGGACCCCCUGGGCAAAUUACUCCCGGUACGCCAACUCCAAAACAUAUAGUCAAACCCCAGCAGAAUUUAAGUCCAUAUAAAAAACCGACUCCACCUAUUUCUAGUGGGCCUAUCAAACCACGAACUCCAAUACCAUUAAUGUCUAAAGCACCUGAUGUCACACUGAAAGCAAACAAAGAAGAAAAUGACUUACAGAAAUCCUUAAGCACCGAAGAAUUAACUGCAGAAAUGGCUAACUUAGAAGGUUUAAUGAAGGACUUAAAUGCAAUAACACAGCAAGAAUUUGAGUGCUAGCCAAGCAAUCAGAUCUGAUCUAUUGCAAGCAGUGUUAUAUUGGCAUUUCAUUGAUACAUAAUGUGCUGAAACGUUGGUGCAGUGUUGAAACAUCUGUCAUCACUGUGUGUCUUUUUAUUUGAGUGGCAUCAAUUGUUUUGUAAUUUUUGUCACAUUUUAUGAUAAACUAACAAAGGAAACACUGAUUAAAACAGAUUUUCUCAAAGCAUCUGAUGCUCAGAUUGUUUAAGCAUCAGUUGUUUGCAUGUGAUGUGAAAUGGACACACGAGUUUGAACUUUUUACAGUUGAGUAAAAUAUGAUUGAAGAUAUAAGAUAGUGAAAGUUUAAAAGAGAAAUCAACUCAAGAAGCCAAAUAACAUGGACAUUGUUUUUAAUUCUCAAUAAAAACUGGUGCUUUAAAACCUUACAUAGUCGUCAGUUGGAGUAAAGAUGCGUUCAUUGUUUUUUGAAUGCUACAGUAGGUGAAUGACAGUUCUGAUUACAUGACGUCAAUUAAAUAUGACAUUGUAGACUGUUUAUUAUUGUGUGUACAAAGAAGAAACUGACCCCACUGAAUCCUAAAUAUAGUGUACAUUGUUGUUGUACAAAUGUCUUUAUAAUAUGAUGUAUAUAGCCAUUAUUAAAUACAAUUACUAGGGCUGUAACCAUAAUUAACCAUUCUCUGUUCAGGAAGAAAAGAAAACAUGGGUUUUACUGUAUUGUGAUCUUGAAAUUAUUUUUUGAAGGAUUUAAUUAUUUAUUUAUUAUCAUUACGAAUAAAUACAGCUCAAACAUAUUUGGUGAUCUGAUUAUGUUUUCUACGCUCGUAUACAAAAUAAAUUUAUCUUACAUUUUAUUUGAAUUUUGAAUAUCUGUUCGCAAAAAGAAAUAGUUACAAUUUUUUUUAAUAAGUGUAACGUUACAGCCCUGAUAGAUAUAUACAAUAUUUUAUGACACUUUAAGAAAGAUAACUGUUUAAUUCUAAAUAUCCAAAGGUUCUACCAUAUGAAAAUAAUAUUAAUGUCAAAUUUAAUUAUUAUUUAAAUAUUAACAAUUUCAUCAACUCUAGUCUUCCAAAAAUCAAAAUUUAAUUUAUGAUACUAAUUAUCUGCUUUAUUUUAUUUUGCAUUGGAUAAUUUUUAUCUGGGGGUUUACUUUUUUUUUGGCAAUUUUUACCUCACUCACUUGUCCAUCAUCGUACUUAAAUGUAUGAACAAAAUCAAACUUUUAUGUAAUAUUUACAUGUUAGCAGUCAUCUCAAACAAUGUAUCAUAGUUUAGCAUAGGCUGUACUAAAAUGGUUUUCAUUCACUUAGAAUCUAGUAAUGGCAUUUGUCUUAUUUAUUAACUGGCAUCAUCAAUUUAAUAUUUUGUAUUCAUCAAUCAAUUUUUGACACAAUUUAAUUUUGACAUCUUUUUUAACAUGUUCUGUACCAUAGGUUUCAUUUAUUUAUAUUGUAUUGUAUGAUGUGCAAUAAGGGCUUAUGUUGAUACCUAUAGGUACAUGAUCAUGGCUUUAUACACUUUUAUAUUUUGAACAUUUUUAAAAUCCUAUUGUUUGAUUUUUAUUUUAAAAAUAAAGAACUCAUUUCCAAACACUGUCAGUCUUGUUUCAGAGUUGUGGUAAAAAUUAUCAGCAAAAUGAUUGUGUUUCAAUUCAAUGUUUUAUAACUUAUCAGAUAAAUUCUGAGUCAUUAUCAGAUUUUGUGCAAGCCAUAAAUAAAUAGAAAGCUGCAUAUGGAGUUUUGGAAAGAGGUCUACAAAUAAGGAUGUAAGUUUUAUUGUGAUUUAAGCAAUUAAACAGUUGGUCAAAUUUUUGUUUACUCUAAUAAAUUUUCUUAUUAUCUAGAAAAUAAUUAAUAAUUGCUUUCCUCAUUGGAAAUAUAUAAAAGCUACAUUAACUGGCAAAGUUUCAAACUAAAUUAAAGAGUCAUUUCGUAAAAUAAAAAAAAAAGAGUUUAUUAACCGAAUAAUUUUACAGCCUUUAUUAAGCAUUUUUGUACUUGAAUAUUAUGUUUAUAAAAUCAUUGUAUAAUAAAUCAUUCAUUGCAUAUUGUUCUUCCAUCAGUUUGGUCAGUAUGGUAUGUCUUUAAACUUAUAAAGCCCUUUGUUUUCUUAGUAAAUGUUCAUGGGUUAAUUAGUUUCUGAAUUAAAUAGUACUUAUUCAGUUAUAGUUAUCUUAAUGUAUUAGUAGUAAAUAGUACCUUUUUAAUGCAGAAUUUAGUUAAUAUUCAAUAUCUUUACUAAUUGAGCAUAGGGCUAAAAUUUGUAUCUGCGAUUAAUUCAAUAGGAGUUUUGUUAAAAUAAGUGGUAAUAUAGGUAAAACCAUUGUCCUAUAUACAUAAACAAAUAUAAUAUACUUCUAUAUGAAUGUAAAUAACAGAUUGUAAAUGAAUGUUUAUUAUUAUUAAUAUUAUUAUUAUGAGUUAUUCAUAUAGAUAACAUGUGCAUAUAAUAUAUAUUUUAACUCAGUAUAUCUUGUCAUUUUGUUUAAUAUCCUACCCCCUAAAAUAUACAUUGUAAAUAAAAAGAAUGUUUGGGUAUUUUAUUGUAUAAAAUGUGCUGACAUCUACUUUUAUUUUACUGGGUCGAACUAGAGUGAUAUCUCAAUCUGAUAAACCGAAAUUUUAAGGACAAACUCUUUAACUUUACAAUUCAUUUAUUCUAUCUUUAUUAUAAGAUGAAAAUCUCUAUUAUAGAUUUCAUGAACAAACUUACAUUAUUACAUACUUUGUAUGCUAUUUUUACUUAUGUUUGUUUUAUAAUUAUAUAUAUUUACUUAUGUCUUGAUAUAUCAAGAUAUAUUUUAUGUAUUUUCAUUUGUUUUGGUCAUUAUUCUGUGGUUGACUGUCAUUAAUUAUACAUUUUAUGAUAUUAUCGGCAUCUUCUGUGAAUUUCCUAUAUUAUCUUUUAUUUUAGAGGAAAACAGUUUUUAAGACAUUUUCAUUAGCUACAAAAACAGAAGAACUAAUUGUCAUCCUAGUGCCUAAAAUAAAUAAGUCUAAAUAAAUAUCACAUAUCAUAAACUCAGUGGUUUGUCUUAUUUAUUUCUAUACACUGGACAUAAGUAAUUUCCUACCUGUAUGUCUAUCUAAUCUAUCAUUUGACCCAUAUAUGAGGGAUUAAAUUACUUACAUUUUAAGCAGCCCUGAAUUGACCAUCAGGCAAAAUAAGGGAACAAUGGAAAUGAUUCUUAUUAUUGUAAAUUGAUAUUAAAAGUGAUCUGCAAUUGUUA